GGGGGCAGGCUCUACAUUAGCCUUCGCCGCCUUUCGCUAAGAUGCUCCAGCUACGCAAGCAAGUUGUGCGCCGCGCGCUGCAGACGCGUGCCAUCGAGUGGACCGCCAUCUCGCAGAAGCUGACUGACCCGCGUGCCCGCGCUGCCCUGGACAGCCUCCGUGACGUGCACGGCCAGGUCGCCGCCGAGGCCCGUAACUACGUGAAGGAGCCUGAGGCGAUCGACUUCGAUUACUACCGCUCGGUCAUCAAGAACAAGGAGCUGGUGGACGCCAUGGAGGCUAACUACAAGAGCAUCUCCUUCCCGACCAUCACUCCCGAGGAGCUGGACGCCUCUGCCAAGUCGGCUGACCUUCCGGAGGAGCUGCGUUUGAACGAGCAGGAGACGGUCGACAAGCUCUUCGCCCAGCUGAACGAGAAGGUGACGGACUCGAAGGCCCGCAUUGAGGAGCUCAAGGAGCUCAUCGGUUUGAUGGAGGAGACCCGCACGACGCUGGCCACGACUAUGGAUGAGGUGACGGCCAUGUACCCGGAGGUGGAGGAGGAGAUCGACGACGAAAUCGCCAACCUCGACUGGGAGAAGGACACGCAGUAAGAUGCUGUCAUCUAAAGACAGAAAAAAAUCUUGGACGCUGCAGCUUUCUACAAGAAUACAGAUGCAAAGUGGAC